CUUCUUGCCACUUCUCUCGUUCUAAUCAGUCCAACGGACCAACAUCAAAAGAGUAUCUUCUACCGAGUUGCGGCGAAACAGAAGACCUCGUGAGCUUCGCUGAUGGCUGCUGCAAUGAUGAAAGUAGUUAAUGCCCAAGAGAAGAUCACCAGAGUCAUCUUCUGCGGACCACACUUUCCCGCUUCGCAUAAUUACACCAGACAGUAUUUGCAAGAUUACCCCUUUAUACAGGUCGAUGAAGUUCCUCUUGAUGAUGUACCCAAAGUUAUAGAAAAUUAUCACCUCUGUGUAGUGAAAAUGAUGAAGCUAGAUUCUCACAUCAUUGCUCGUGCAAAAGAAAUGAAGCUAAUAAUGCAAUUUGGUGUUGGUCUGGAAGGUGUUGAUAUUAAUGCUGCAACUAAGUUUGGGAUCAAAGUAGCUAGGAUUCCAGGUGAUGUAACUGGUAAUGCAGCUUCAUGUGCAGAAAUGGCUAUAUAUCUCAUUCUUGGACUUCUCCGAAAGCAAAAUGAAAUGCAAAUUGCUAUAAAGGAGAGAAAGCUUGGAGAGCCAGUUGGUGAAACACUAGUUGGAAAAACUGUCUUCAUAUUGGGAUUCGGUAAUAUUGGGAUUGACUUGGCAAAACGCUUGAGACCGUUUGGUGUUAAAAUUAUUGCUACAAAAAGGAGCUGGACUCCACAUUUGAAGGAUUCUUUUCUCUCUGAUGGUCAAAGUGAUGUUGACGAUGAUUUGGUUGACGAGAAGGGCAGUCAUGAAGACAUUUACCAGUUCGCAAGCAAGGCAGAUAUUGUUGUUUGUUGUUUGCGCUUAAAUAGUGAAACAGUGGGCGUCGCGAACAAGUCAUUUAUAUCUUCAAUGAGAAAGGGUGCCCUAUUGGUGAAUAUCGCCCGUGGGGGUCUCUUGGACUAUGAAGCUGUUUAUCAUUAUCUCCAGUCCGGCCACUUAGGAGGCUUGGGCAUUGAUGUUGCUUGGACAGAGCCAUUUAAUCCUGAGGAUCCAAUUUUGAAGUUCAAUAAUGUUUUAAUCACGCCCCAUGUGGCAGGAGUAACAGAAAAUGCUUAUAGAUGCAUGUCGAAGAUCGUCGGUGACGUUGCAAUUCAACUUCACCAAGGGCAUACUUUAACAGGGAUUGAGCUUGUCAAUUGAUUCUCAGUUAGAGAACUGAUUCUGCUUAGAUUAUGUGGAGCUCCAUUGAAGGGGGUCUAUUUCACCGCGUAUUUAAGACAAUAAUAUCUGGAAUUUAGGAUAAUAAAUGUCCCUUCCUCUCCGAAACCGCCCAAGGGGAAAGUUGCUUUGAUGUGUUUUUUUGCAUAAAAUUAGGAUACCAAUACUAGAACGUAGUAUAUGAUGAACAGAAAAUAAACAUUAUUUGUUGGUGGGAAUGGGAUGUGUUAAUUUCAUGA